AAACUAUAUUCUCCCUUCUCCACAACAAUUUAUCAAAAUGUCCUCCGCUGAAGACAGAGUCAACGCCAUGCGUGGCUACAAGGCCACCACCAACAACCCCCGAGUCUCCGAUGAGGCCAAGCAGAACGCCCAGUCCAUGCUCGACCAGCUUGGUGGCUCGCAGCCCUCGGACGAGUUGCACGACCUCCGUGGUGACAACCAGAAGGACCCUAACCGCGUCGCGGGUGGACUCAAAGCCGCGCAGAACAACCCCGGUGUGUCGCAGCAGGGCAAGGAGGCCGCCGCGCAGAAACUGAACCAGAUGGGCGGUCCGGAUGAGUAAGGGCCUUUCUUCGAUCGUGAUAUGAUUAAUGUAUUAUGUAUGAUUGAUGUUGUAUUAUUAUGAUGGAAUAUAUUUUGACUCUUUUUGGCACGUCAUUGGCCUAUAUGUACAUUUCC